AUGCCAUCGGGUGAUGCGACAUUCACGAUCCGCUUCGACUUGGGACGCAUAGCCAGCCGCUGGAAUGAGCUUGCCAAGGACGACCCCAGACAUGCACUGGUGGACCAAUCAUCAUGGCCCCUAGAUGCACCUACACCACAAACCGGUCAAACAGGGGAUAGUACUGAUUCUGAAGCGGCGGGGCUUGACAAAUCCGUGGACGACGCAAAGGCUAGCGCGACGCUUUCGCGUAUCAUCCGCAAGAGCGACUUUGGUGAAAUGGAGAUCUUGGGGCAGUUCAACCUCGGCUUCAUCGUCGCCCGACGACGAGCGUUGGCUUCGGAUGCCCUGCCAGGGGGUGAUGUUGAUGGUGGCGGUGGCGAUCCGGCGAGCGCCGCUAGCGCGGGCAGCCUGGAUGAUCUGUUCAUUGUCGAUCAGCAUGCCGCUGAUGAGAAGUACAACUUCGAGACGCUGCAGCAGACGACGAAUAUCCAGUCGCAGAAGCUGUUCAGGCCCCAGCCGCUUGAGCUUACAGCCGCUGACGAGCUGCUUGCGAUGGAGAAUAUCGACGUGCUUCGACAGAAUGGGUUCGAGGUUGACCAUAUUGAGGACCCGGAAGCCGCGAGCGGCUCGAGGCUUUGUCUGGUUGCUCAGCCCGUGAGCAAGAGCACGGUGUUUGACAUGCGAGACCUGGAGGAGAUCAUCCACCUGAUGCAGGAUCGGCCAAAGGGGACGAUGGUACGCUGCUCCAAGGCGCGCGCGAUGUUCGCGAUGCGUGCCUGCAGGAAGAGCAUCAUGGUCGGCAAGCCGCUCACGCAGGCGCAAAUGACUACCGUUGUACGGCAUAUGGGGACGAUGGAUCAGCCCUGGAACUGCCCGCACGGACGGCCGACGAUGCGGCACCUUGUUGAUGUUCAGACGGUGAAGUCGAAGAUGGGGUGUCAGGCUAGGCCUAUUCAGUGGGGAGCGUUCAUGGGAUCUGAAGCUGUGGUGCCCUUCUGA